CGGGGAGAGGAGGAGGCGGAGGCCGGGCCGCGCGGCGGAGUCCGCCUCCCUCCAGUCAGGCAGCUCGCGGGAAGCGCUCGGGUGCUUGCUCGCUCGCUCGCUGGCGCGUGGAGGCCAUGGCGUGGCCGGAGGCGGCGCGGGGCUUCGUGGGGACCCUCCUGAGGGACUUCCCGAGGCCGCUGGGCCCGGACGACGCGCCGCCCUGGAGCCCGGCGCCGGGCCGCCUGGGGUCCCUCAGCCAGGCCGAAGCGCCGGCGGAGCUGGCCGAGUUGGCCCGGACCUUCUUGGGCAGCAGGAAUGCACCGCCACUCCUUGCCGCAUCUUUGAUUCAUGCUGCCAUCCACGAUAUUUUGCAGACGGAUCUUAAUGAGUUUAAAAAGCAGAGUGUGGAAGGGGAGGAAGCUGGAGAUCACGAGAAGGAGCCCUUGCUGGAUGGAGGCCCUUUGCAACGCUGCUUCUUUAACAAACUCUGGGACGUUUGCUGCAAGUGGCAGAAGCAGCCGCCUCCACCUCCGAAGCCGCUUCAUCGCUACCUCCAAGUUUCCAUCCAUGCAACCCGUAAUACCCGUCGGAAAAUGGAGGACAGGCAUGUUUCCCUCCCAGAAUUUAAUCAGCUGUUUGGCUUGACGGAUGACGUGGACCGAGCGUACUUCGCCGUGUUUGAUGGUCACGGAGGAAUAGAUGCGGCUAACUAUGCAGCCGCUCACUUGCACGUAAAUGUGGCACAUCACAAAGACCUUCUGAAAAACCCGGUGGAGGCCUUGAGGGAAUCUUUCCAGAAAACAGAUGAAAUGUUCCUUGCUAAAGCCAGGAGAGAGAAGCUGCGCAACGGUAGCACAGGUGUGGCUGCCUUGAUUGUUGGGAACAAGUUACAUAUAGCUUGGCUUGGCGACUCACAGGUAAUGCUAGUCCAGCAAGGGAAAGCUAUAACCCUGAUGGAACCUCACAAGCCAGAGAGAGAGGAUGAAAGACAACGCAUAGAAGCCUUAGGAGGUUGCCUUAUCUACAUGGACUGCUGGCGUGUCAAUGGAACCCUGGCUGUUUCCAGAGCUAUCGGCGACCCGCUCCAAAAGCCUUAUAUCUCUGGCUGUGCAGAUAGUGCAUCGUUUGAGCUAACUGGUGCCGAAGAUUAUGUGCUUCUCGCUUGCGACGGAUUCUUUGACACCAUCCAGCCAUUUGAGGUGGUGGACCAUGUUCUAGAGCACUUAAUGCAAAACAAAGGGGACGGCCUCAAGACUGCGGAGAGGCUGGUGGCGGCCGCAAAGGAAAGUGGAUCCAGUGACAACAUCACUGUCCUGGUGGUGUUUCUAAGGGAGCCCAAAGACAUCAUGUCCGACUGCCUCAGAGACCCUAGAAGCUGCUCUGCUGACGACUGCACAGGGAACCCGCUCCUUAACUUUUUCAGCUCCGAGAAGAACCAUUGAAAUGGAAGACGAAAGGGUGACUAUCAAAUCCAUUUAAAGCACAACAUCCAAACGUAAGCAAGUUCAAAUAGGGGUGGGAUUCCUUUUACCACUGGAAAAUGAAAGCUAUUUUGUGGCAGACAAGAUGCAAGAACUUAAGUAUUUCAAAACCCAGGGUUGUCUUCAACUAAGCUGCUCAAGAGUAGGCCGUUUAGAAAUCAAUGGACCUAAACUAGUCAUGCCUAUGGAUUUCAAUGAUGCUAUGAUGCUUCCAUAACUCCGGCCGGUGUCUGGAUUGUACCAUUUUAGAUUGCAGGUUCAGGGAAUGCAUAACUGAAUGUCCCUUCGUGCAAAAGAGAAAAAAAUAUUUUAAAAAUCCAACAGCCCUCUUAGGUGCAGCCAAACUAUACCUGAGUGAAGGCUUCUAACCUUGCUACUCUCUGGCUGCAUUUGAUCACAAUGGUAAACCACAGUUUGAAAUAAUACAUGGUUUAACAUCCAUGAGUGCUUUCCAGACUGCGCUCUGCAGAGGAGAAAACAAAGCCAGAGUUUGACUUGAUGUGACCUGGUUUGUCUCCUCCAAACAAACCAUGAGUGGUAAGUCAGAACCAACAUUGGCCAAUGGUUUGUGUGGAGGAAAUGAACUGUAAGGCUCGGUUCAUGUGACUUGUUUCCUCUGGUGCAUGACACAGGAGCAGGGAAAUUAAAAAAAGUUUGUAUACCACAAAUAAAUGAUAGUUCAUUUUAAAUGUUUUUAUUUUAAUGUUGAGUACGGACCAGGUCUCUGACACAACAGUUUUCUGUGUGGAGGGUUUUUUGUUUUUGUUUUGUUUUUAAAUGGAGGAGCAUUCAGUCAUGCAAAUCCCCAUCUAAAGCCUGCCAUGAAACAACUCAGACACAAGGCCUCAAAAAGUCUGGUGGUUUUGCAUUUACUUCUUUGAAGUAGUUUUAAGCCUGCCCAUUCAUAUCCCUGUCUCUUGGGAAGAUGGUAAAAUAACAUACUGUAUGUUAAAGAUCAAUACUCGGAACCCUCUGGAAUAAUUUUAAAUAUCAUUUAAAGGAGGUUGCAUUUAGAUGCUACUUAAUGAUAAGCGUGAAUAAGCUACCACACCCUCACCAAAGAUGAGUGAAUUGCUGUGGACAGAUUCAGUAUUAAACAAAGUACCAGAUACUGGAACAUCACAAUAUUGUCUUGCAUAAGAGCUGACGUCCCCUUCUCUUCAUUGCAUACCAAAGAAAAUAUUACUAAGGAAUAUCAAGAACAUGUUAAUGAGGCUUCAGAAGAAAGGGAGCUUAGAUACUGAAAUGGAAAAUGCAUUUCCGAAAAUAAUACCUACUAACGUACCAAACUAUGAGCAUAGGAAACGUCUGUAGGAAGGUGCCAUUACUUGUAAACACCAUUAGUGUCAUGGAGGCAAUUUUAAUGCAGUGGGUUGCAGCCAGUUCACAAACACAACUCUUGAUUGAGCCUUAUCCAUUCCAUUGAGUGUACAAGGAGACAGCAUUCAAUGGCUUUUCAGGGUUUUACCGUUCCAUCCUACUGGUGCCUAUUAAGUACUAAGGACAAAAUAUUUUGUCAUCCGGUUUGAAAAGACAUUGGCCACGUUCACAUGGCGUGUUAAGCUAUGGUUUGUUUUAUCCAUGGUUUGUUGGAACAAACCAAAGUAAGUCUCACUGAUGAGCAAAUUAACCAUAGCUUGUUCCGCCUAAUCUUGAUUUCAUUUUCUAACCACUCUUGCCACACAUCCUAUCUGGGGAGGGGCACCAAAAUAAUCCAGGAUUACGCCAGGAUAGUAGGCGUAGCAAGAAACUAUGGUUA